AAUGGUCGAAGAAGAGGUCAAAGAUACCUGACUGUAUGUAGUUUACAGACAGAAGACACGCUAUUAUCUAAGGCGUUUUGUAAUUUGAAAUCUUAGCUGUUAUUGAACUGACAUUGAAACUUUAAGGCAAGCUACAGCCUGCUCAAAUCAAAGGUGUUAUCGUGUUCGUGUAUAGUGGUCGACAUGGUUUGAAUUUUGUCAACGUUUGAAAUAGGGGGACCACAGUUUGCAACUUCCUUAAUAACAAACAUGAUGGCAAGGAAUGCUUUAAUACGUGUAAGGAGUUGUUUUAGGACCGCCAAUUUUGUUUCUGCGCGGCAUUUGUAUUGCACUCACUCAAAGUCCUCAAGCGUUAGGGUAUUGUAUGAUGGGGAGUGUCCGAUAUGUGUGAAGGAGAUACACUUCUUGCAGUUCUUGCAGAAGAAGAAUCGACCAGAGGAAGUCGAGUUUGUGGAUAUAUCACUUCAAGGUUAUGAUGGAGCCAAAUAUGGGGGGAUCAGCUACGAGAGGGCAAUGGAGGAAAUGCAUGUGAUCGAUGGAAAUGAUCAGGUUCAUGUGGGAGUCCCAGCCUUUGAGGUGAUGUACACUGCUGUCGGUCUGGACUGGUUGGGCCGCCUCAUAUCCUGGCCUUACAUCCGGCCCCUAAUGGACAGAGCCUACGAUGCCUUUGCCAGAAACCGCCUCAAGUGGACAGGCAGAGAUGAGUGCACUACCGGACGCUGUGUAAAGAAGAAGGAUGAAUAGAGAGAGAGGAAUACCAACAUAAAGGAAGAGGGAUGAAAAUUCGUAAUUUUUUGUUUGAGUAUACGGAGAUUUCCGGUGCCUAAAGAUCCCCAAGAUAAAUUCCUUUUUGGCUUGAGGUUUUGGACCAUUUUGCAAACUGAAUUUACUGAGAUCAUCAAUCAAUACUGAGGCCAUCAUCAUGUUUGGAUGAUGUGUGAGAACACCGCUUGCCCAUUGGUUGUUGAGGGAACAGAGUGGUCAUGGAAGGAACAACAGAAUAAUGACUUUCUUAUUUAUCAUCAUCAUUAAUAUUUAUUUUUGUUGUGAAUCAAAACAUAUAAAAAAUGUAAACAUGCUACUUCGCUAUAUAUAGUGAAAUGUUUAAUCCCCACUACUCCCUUGUAAUACCUAGAAAAACAAAGGACACAAAUAAACCUCAGUUGACAUCCAGAGAGGAAGCAGCAAAUGAAUUUGAACGUGAUGUUCCCUAGUGUUUCGCAUACUCAUAGUGCCGGCAGUUGUAUUUACUAAACAGAAGCCAGCAGUGCACAAUAAAUCUUCAUCCUCAGUAGCUUGAGCAUGUUGUUGCUAGAGUGGGUGCCAAGUGUUUGGCUUACACUUGACCUUUUUUUAUUAAGGACAUCACAGCCAGGUUUCAUCUAUGACUUUCAGAUGCAAUAUGUGUGAUUAUUUGAUUAUUUAUCUGCUCAUGAAGGAUAUUUUCUGAGAAACGUGACGUCAGUACUGUACUACUCAAUGUUUGGGACUUUAGUGUUUCUCUAAUUUUAGACUGAAGACAUAUGACUUCCAUGUGUUGGCCAGGAGUGACCUAUAGGAAAGAAUGUAAAAGUGGCAUAGCUGAUUGGGUUACCAGAGUGCAGCUUUAGAUGGGACUGUCCUGACGAUAGCCAAUCAAAAGGCAGUCCUGGAGGAGGGAGGAGGGAGAUAAAGUAUCACAACACAAGCUUGUGCUUGUUCAUAGCAUAGAAGAAAGUAACUCUCAGUGCGAAACGCAGUGUUUUCUUUUAGCAUCUUGGGCAACAAACAUAUAUUUGUCUGCAGAGUAAACAGUGGGAGGAAAAGGAGUCAGCUUCAGGAAACAGAUGAUUCUGAUAUAGCCACCUAGGCCAAUACAGACACAGAUCAGAGGUCCACCAAGGUGGGAUUUGCUCUCGACCAGCUGCUCCCAUUCCUAAAUGGGUCGCUUCCUCAGCACAAACUUUGUGACUUACCUGGGAGAGAAGAGGCUCAGGUGUUACUCUAAGAUAAGCUCUCUGAGAAAAACAUAUCUGAAAAAUGUAAGAUCAAAACAAAAGAACUUGAACUCAGGAUCCUCCAGUCCUUUUGGAGACAAAGAGAGAAGAGGGACACCUGAUACCAUCCUGUGGUCUCAGGCUAUGCGACUUUACUCAACCUCCAGCAGGAAUGUAUUCAAAGCAAAGCCCCCCAUUGGCAUCUACCAGGAAGAGAAGCCUACUCAGCAGUUGGGUUUGCUAGGGAUGCGACUUGGAGAGUCCUUUCAGCGUCUCUCCAGACAUAUCAAUUUCUAUUUUAAGCAGAAGGACCUGUGCAUCGCACCCAGUGAUGGUAGCAGUGGUUUGGUGUGCACCUUGCAAGAACCUCAGAGAAGACAACAGAGGCGUAUGCUUAGUCAGAGAGCAGUCAAGGACAGGAGACCUCUGGAGGAAUCAAGGAGUAAUCUGAGAUCAGAAGCAGUUCUAGAAACAGCAGAAAAGCAAAUUGAGGAACAAACGCCCUCUAGACUGUACACUGGGCUGCAACUGUUUCAUAUGAGUUCACUCUCUACCAAAUUUGGAGAGAGCUACACCUAUGUUGCCAAUCAUAUUAACUCAGCUUUCUCUAAAAGUCCAGCAGAAGAUAUUCAUGCCAAGACAGCCGUGGAUGAAUCUCAAUAUGGGCAGGCGAGACAUGGUAGACGGAGAAAAACCGUUAAAGUUAUCCCUGACAGCCAGCCAUUAGUAAAUGAUGUGGUAAAAAUGAGUGCCCAGAAGGAAGAUUCCGAAGACGCUAAAGUCCCCAGGUCUUGGGAGGAAGGGUACCUUCAAUUUGCUCACCACAUUAACCAUUACUUUGGAGCUAAGGUUACGGACACUGGAUCUUCUGCCACAACAUAUCAGAACAUUAGGUCUUCAACAGAAUCUAAACAAAGCCCUCCGCCACCUCAGCCCAAAUCACCAGGCCUAUUCCACACGAGCAACAUAACAACAAGCUUUGGUGCAAACCAUGCAACCAUGGCUAACCACAUAAACCACUACUUCAAAGGGCACCCGGGCUUCGAGGAUGACCUGGAGGGAGAUUACACGGACCACACAGCACUGACUGUAACCAGUGCUCCAAAGGACAAGCCUGCUUCCUUUAUGCAAUACCUGCUACAUUCAACAUCAGCUAUACCAGAUCUGAUAGGCAACUAUUUGGGAGCUGGCUCUAAGAGCCAGGAGGCUCAAGAUAGCUCCAGAGCCACACCAACAGGAGCCAGGUUGCAAAGACUGGUUUUGGGCCACAAUCAAGCCGAAGAGAUGACGAGAGUCCUUUUAGCCAACCUGAGGAGUGCCAGUACACCUUCAUCCGUCAUUGCUUGCACAGAGGAGCUGAACAGACAUAUUACUGCACACCCAGCAUGCAAAGCGAUGGUUUGGCAGGAAAAGACAGCAUUACAUCUGUUGAGACAUCGACGGAACCACACUGAGGAUGUAAAACUGCAGAGAUCCAUCAGGGAAACCAUGGCUCUGAUUGGUUACAUGGAUCCAGUCAGAGGCCAAGGAGUGAGGAUGCUCUCUAUUGAUGGAGGUGGCACAAGGGGAGUUGUUCCUCUUGAAGUUUUGAAGAAGAUAGAGGCACAGACAGGCAAGCGGAUACAUGAACUUUUUGACUACAUGUGUGGAGUGAGCACAGGAGCUGUGCUAGCCUUUAUGGUAGGUCUGGGACGCUUCUCUUUGGACGAGUGUGAGGACAUGUACAGGAGCUUUGGAUCUGAUGUUUUCCGACAGAACCCCCUGGUUGGAACCAUGAAGAUGGGUUUGACUCACUCCUACUACAGCUCACAAACCUGGGAGACAUUACUAAAGGAGAAGAUGGGCGAGAGGGUUAUGAUCAAAACAGCAAGGAGUGAGCAAUGUCCCAAAGUGUCUGCAGUGAGUGCAGUGGUGAAUUGGGGGACCAGCCCCAAGGCCUUCAUCUUCAGGAACUAUAACCAUGCACCGGGGCGUCUCAGCCGGUACUCAGGGGGCUCGGCAUACAAGCUGUGGGAGGCAGUGCGGGCCUCUUCUGCAGCCCCCGGGUACUUCAAGGAAUUCCCCCUCCAUAGUGACAUCCAUCAGGAUGGAGCUCUCAUCCAGAACAAUCCAUGUGCUCUCGCUGUCCAUGAAUGCAGACUGCUGUGGCCCAGUCAGCCUUUCCAGUGUGUUCUGUCACUGGGGACUGGCCGGUAUGACAAUGCCCAGAGAGGGCCAGCCACUUCCACCAGCCUUCGAUCCAAGCUCAGCCACUUGAUCUACAGUGCCACAGACACAGAGGGUGUUCAUACUCUCCUGGAUGACCUGUUGGACGAAAAUGUCUACUUCCGCUUCAACCCCAUGCUGCGUGCGGAAGUGUCCCUGGACGAGAGCCGACCCGAGGUCAUGGACCAGCUGAAGUCAGACACACUCCAGUAUUUGGACCGCAACCAGCACAAGAUAGAUCUGCUGUGUAUGGUGCUGGGGGCUGAGCGUACACUUCUCUCCAGGAGUAAAGACUGGAUCAGUGGGAGAGCGUGGGAGCUGAAACAUCGUUGGGUCUGAACUGGAUCGUCUUGGUCUCAGUCUCUCCGUUGAAGAAAGGUCAAACGGUCAAGUUCUGAAAGACACGAUAUUUCAUGACUGAGGUGGUGUAAUGGCCAUGAAAGACCACUGAGUUGCAAAAUAGGGGUGAUUAUCGAAGAAUGUUGGGGAGGCCUUUGCUCUUUUGAAGAUGUAUUUUCCAUUCAAACAAUGAACGCGUUGAAAAAAGACUCUUGACUUAAGUUGUAAUGGUAGUCUUGAAGGAUAAAGUGCAUAUCAGUACAGUGGGAUCGCAACUAAACAAAAGCACUUUAACAUAUGUUACACACUGUAGGGAUGUUCUUUGGGUACAAAUUAGAUUUAUUAGAUUCAUGAUAUUUGCACUGAUAUACUGUUGUUAUAAUAACGCACACACACACACACACACACACACACACACACACACACAUACAGGCACACACUUGGCAAAAUGGUUUUGUGUAAAAUAUGGUGAUAAAAAUAAUGCAGUUAACAAUUUCCUCAGUGCACUCAGGGCUAAUGUUACUGUGGUCUACCCACAUAUUUACUUAUCAGGGUGUGAAAUAAGGGACACACUAAGCACUUGAAGCAAUAUAAUGGAGUCAUAAUGUUGUGCCAAAUACUUGUAACAAUGUAUUUAUGACAUUUACAGGAAUAUUUCAGUUGUUUAAUAUCUUAUAUUUUCAGACAGGCAAUAAACAUAUUUUUCUCAUAAUAUAAACAAG